UUUCUUGAAAAUCCUGUCAGUGGUCUUCGAAAUUGAAUCCGUUGAAAUGAUAUUAAUUUACUAUUUUAUAUUUCCCAUUUUUAAAUGUCAUUUACUGUUUGGCCAAGUCAGGGAAAUUCUUAUGCAUGCAAAGGGAAUUUUACGAGAUUCUUGUUGAAUGUAUAUGAUCGAAAUUUUGGAUGUAAUUAGAAACACUUAUGUUUAAUACUGAUCUAAAAACAUGGCUUUGAACUUGGAUAACAUUUGUAGACUUUGCAUGCAAGACGAAGAUUCAUUGUUGCCUCUAUUCGAAGUCGAAAACGGUUUACCUGCUAAAAUUGAAGCAAUUUCUACGUGUAUUAAGGUAUAUGCUGGAGAUGGUCUGCCAGCGCAGGUAUGCCAGCAGUGUGUCCAGCAAGUUAACAUUUGUUAUAACUUCAAGAUACAGUGUGAGAAGUCAGAUGCGAACUUGCGAGAGUACCUUAAUUCUCUCCAACCACAGGAAUUUUCAAUACAAGGUAAAACAGAAUGCCCUUCACUUGUAACCUGGGAACAUUCUAUGAAUCUGACUACAAUUAAGAAAGAGGAAACUGAUGAACUUACUGCAGAAAAUGAACAUUGUAAUGAAGAUGGACCAAGCUGUAAGCUGCAAAUUUGUGAUAGGUGUGGUAAAGAAUUCAACACUGCUUGUAAACUGAAAAAUCACGCUCACACACACGCAGAAGAAAAGUCUUAUAUAUGUGCUCACUGUGGAAAACGAUUCAACCAGUCAAGGUCUCUCAAAGUACACAAUUUAACACACACUGGAGAAAAACCCUACAUCUGUAAUACAUGUGGCCGAAGCUUCAGUACUCGUGGUAACUUGAAAACCCAUUUAUUUACACACAAUAAAGAUAGGUCACAUCUGUGUUCAGUAUGUGGCAAAGCAUUUAGUCAUCCUGUGAGUCUUAAAGCACAUACUCAGAGUCACUCAGAACAUAAACUAUUUCUAUGUAAAGUUUGUGGUGAAGGUUUUGUUGAUCGCAAUGCUUUUAAAAUUCAUAUGCAAAAACACUCGGGAGAGAAGCCUUAUGAAUGUCCAUUGUGUGGUAAGAGUUUCAGUCACUCUUUGAGCUUGAAAUCCCAUGCAUUCACUCAUUCAGGGGAAAAACCUCAUGUUUGUAAGACAUGUGGAAGAGGAUUUGUAACACGAGGAAACUUGAAAACACAUUCCCUUACACACACUGGUGAGAAACCUUUUUUGUGCUCGCUAUGUGGAAAGGAGUUUCGGCAUUCGUUGAGCUUGAAAGCACACCACCUUGCCCAUGCAGGAGAGAAGUUUCUGAUACGUGGUCAUUUGAAGACGCAUAUGCUAACACACACCGGGGAGAAACCAUACUUAUGUUCUGUUUGUGGCAAAGGUUUUAUAAAGAAUGGAGACCUGAAGAGACACUCUUCAGUGCAUACCAGAGAGAAACCUUACAUGUGUUCUAUAUGUGGGAAAGGAUUUGGUCAGAAGUCUCAAUUAGAACCACAUAUGUUAAAACAUACUGGACAGAAAGCUCACAUUUGUGAAGUGUGUGGAAAAAGUUACACUGGAAGUCAGGCAUUGAGAAGACAUUCUUUAAUCCAUACUCAGAAGCAGCAGAAUUAAUGUUGUCAGCACUUUAUUUUAUGAUGUGUUUAGUUGGAUCAUAAUUCUCAUUCAUUUCUGCAAGUUGUGUGUGAGUGCACAUGUGCGCACACACACCCAGGAUAGCUCAAUCAGUAAAGUGACUGACUGUGGGGUUGAUUCCUAGAAGGGAAAAUAAUUAUUCUCUUUGCCACCACAUCCACGCAGCCUACCCAUCUUUCUAUGAACAUAAAGUGGCCCGAGCCUGAGCUGACAACUCAUCUUCAUCCGUGUUGAGGCUAAAAAUGUUUUACUGCCAGAAUCCCUAUGUGUUCAAGGUAUGGUGUUUAAGCAUAAGAACAACUUUACUUCAAAUUUAUGUGCACACAGAGUAUGCUGCCAAGUAUGUAGUUGGUGAUCACCAAAAUAAUCAUAAAUCAAUUUAUGCUUUAAUACACAAUAUACAAUAUCAUGAGUAAUAUAUCCACUGCUUACUCAUAUAUAAAGACACACACACACAGCUGGUACAUUGUAGCACUGUGAUGACCAAAAUACCAGUCAGCAUUAGAGAAUCAUAUGUUAGAAAUGGUCUAACAGUUCCACUGAGCCAGGAACAAUCCAUUGUCAGCGAAAUCAUUGUACUAACCAUGAUUAGUAAAUACACGCCAACACACUUUUAAACUCUGUAAUAAUUAUUAAAGUUCACUUUAUUUAAAAUGCUGAAUUUCAUGAUAAACCACAGUUACAUUUUUCUAAGUACAUUACCCAUAUGACAAUGUAUAAAAAGCAGCUUACUGCAAAUUAUGAAACACCUUGACUAGGAAAUCUUUAACAGUGAUGAGACUCAGAAUUUUUAUAUGGAAAAUGGAAGUAUUAGCAGCCCUCAGCCAAAAGUUGAAUAAAUGCCAUCACAAUCUCAGAAUUCUUUACGGUACUGAUGACAGAUUUCACGAUUAUUAUCCAUUAAAUGAACGCUGUAACCUAAUUCAGACUUCUUACAGAAUAUCACACAACUUUUAAUUUGAUAUUAAUAUCACUAAUAUAAUCAAGUUCCUUUGAAAUCAAGACAGAAAAUAUAAACUAGGAUUUUCAUGAAUCAAUUCCAUCUUUACGUAAUCUAACAAAGCAAUUUUGAAGUUUUCUUAUAUCAAAAUGUCCUCAUUAUGUAGCAGAGAACAACCAAUCUACAGAAUACAUACCCAUUUUACAAUAGAGCUUCAAAUUACCAGAAAAUAACUCAGGUGGAAAAGUUUAGUAAUCAAAUUCUUAUGCUACAUGAUAUUAGUUAAACGACUGUGAUAAAUGUCAGACUCUCUCUCAAGAUACUGUGUGUGAUAGCAUACUGACAGUCUCUUGAUUUUUAUUUCUUUUUAACACAAGCUUUCUGAAUCCUAAUGUAUGUACACUUCUUCCUCUAUUUAACUUUGUAAAAUAUACGAAGUAACAUAUUACAUGUCAAACAUGUAAACUGUGUAUUCUUAUUAUUAAGUAACUGUAUUAUCAUUCAAUAAAUUUUAUUUGAUAAGA